AUGGAUCUUUCACAGGUCGCACACGCGCUUCAGCGCGCCUCGACGGUGCCGACGGCGGUUGAAGUUCUCCUCCACUUCAACAACCCCCUCUCCGAGAAGGAGGCCACCCAACUGCGCGAGUUCCGCCAGCUGCAGCGGGAGCAGCUGGAAGGCGGCCUGAAAGUGGAGGAGCCCUCGGCCGAGGUUAUCGCCCUCGCACACCGACCCAUCAAAGGCUUCCACCCCCUGCAGGUGAUCCAGUGUGUGCUGAGCGCCACCCGCCUCCCCGCUGUGCAGCCCGGCCACCACGGUCGGCUGCGCAAAGAGGUGCUUCCGCGUGUGGCUGCGCUAACGCCGCUGUCGUUUGUGGAGUGGUGCACCGCCGUGAGUGCGGUGGGGAGUGUGUGCCUCCAGUAUUUCGACAGCACCCCAGCCUCGCUCCUCUGUGCGGAGGAGGUACUGCGGCUGGCGGCGCCUGUUAUCUUCAAUAUCUCGCCUGCGUCGGCGCCAUCAGCUAAGGGGGCCUCGGCGUGGCGCAAGCCUGGUCUGGUGGUCCAGCCCCGCAAGGACUCGGCAACGCCGAAGCUGAAGGAGUACUCGCCCGAGGAAGGCAUGCAAUUGUACCUCAAGACGCUUGCCGUACUCGUGCAGCGCUGCGCCGCCUUCCACGCACAGGGCAAGAAGCACAGUCUCAAGGAUCAGCCGGUGAAGGAUGAGUGCUUCUUCUACUCCGCCGCCGUGCGCCAUCUGCGUCGGCUCAUGCAGGCCACGGCGGGUCGCCGAAUGGAGGCGGUGCGCACGGCGGUGAAAGGUCUCUCCCCGGUGGAUCUGCUCUCCCUCACGCCGGUGUUUCAAGGAGAGAACAUGCAGCUGGGUGUCACCAAGGACCAGAUCAGCAGCGCCGUGAAGGCACGUCCCCUCACCGUUUUCCAGGUGUUCGGCGCACGCCGCCCCGUCGCCGGCACGCUGAAGCUGGAGAAUGCGGACGUCGCACUGCAGUCGGUGCUGUACAACAUGGGUCUGACGAGCACGACCCGCGAUGCGUUUCUGGACUACGUUAACGUGCUCGCCUCGGCCCCGACGGCGCAGGUCGCCGCGUACGUGGCCGCCAAAGGCAAGGACGCCCUUACGCAGCUUAUUACACCAUUUACCGUCAACGCGGACGCCCUCGCACCGGUGGUCGACACCGUCGGCCCGAUCUACGCGAAGCUGUUCCAGCAGCUGCACGUCGCGCAGUCGGCGACGCUACUCACCGUACUGCUGCAGACAGUUGUGUUCGCCGUUGGCACCCGCUGCCGCACGCCGCGUGAAAAGGAGGUGGCGAUGCGGCUGCUGUGCGAUAUGGUGGUGGCCCUGCCGGCAGAGGCCACGGCCCACGUGGAGCCCACCGCGGACCUCGUGACAACGCUCAGUCGCGAGGUGGCCAUGCCGGCGGUGGAGUCCGCCGCUCAGGCCUUCCGCCUCGCCGCAGCCCUGCAUCUGGAGGCGUCACUCGAGGACGGCUUGGCAGAGGCGCUGAAGAACAGCCGGCGAGAGGAGGCGAUCCGGCGGGCGCUGCUUGUGCACGUGGAUGCCCACCGCACGCCGUCCGCCGUGGUGGACGGGCUCAUCACGGAGUUGCUGAAGGACUGCGAGGAGGUCGUCGUGGCCCGUCCCGAUGCGUACCUGUCGCUCCCCUUCUCUCUCGCACGCGGUGACCACGCCACCGUGGCGAAGCUCUGCCCGCUGCUCAGCACCGCCGAGGUGCUCCGUCAGCUAGAGGGCAGCGUUUACGAGAAGACCCGUGCGGCACAGGUCGCCAUCGAACUUGCGAACAACGGCUAUGGGGCGCCUCUCGUGCAGCUGCUCACCAGCGACCACGGCCUCGUGCGCCGCCCACUGUUGGCCUACGUGAAGUCUGUCGCCAACGACGCCUCUCGUGUGACGAUGCUGUGGAACAGCAUGGUGCAGUGCGUCUUUGGGCUGGAGGCGCCAACGCAACCGGCGAUCGUUGGCUCAACAGCCGCGCCGGCGCUGGUGGCCCUCGGCACCGUCCUGUUGCAGCACACGUCGCGGCUGUCUGUCCCGUUCGCGCUCAGUGAGCUGCUCAUGUGUGCCGGGCACGACAACGUGCAGGGCGAGGAUCCGUACUUCUACAAAGCCUCCAGCUGCCUGCUCCGCCGCUACCGUCAGGGCAGUCUUACAGUGCUGGAGCGGCCGCUGCGGCAGGUAUUGGCCUCUGGCGAGGGGCAAGAGGGCCUGCUGUCACUGCACGCGAAGGCGAUGGCGCGCACGAUGCUCGCGGCGCUACACAAGACGGUGGAGCACGUCUCCAUCGCGGCCGCACGCGGCUUUGUGCUGUUGCUGACGCAGACCACGCCGGUUGCGUCGCGUGAGGUUUACCUGGCGCUGGCGGAGGCCGUGGCGACGUCGAAGGAGUGGUUUCUCACCCUGUCGCCCGAGGACGUUGCCAUUGCGGCGGAGGACGUGGACGUGAUGGACGCGUACGAGACGGCCUCCCUGCGCGAGCAGCAGCUGCUGAAGACCUACCCAGACCGCCCCCCGAAGGGCGUCUCGGAGGACGACUUCCACGACAUGAAGAAGAAGGACGGCAUUGCGCUGGCGAAGGGUCGCGAGGUGCUGCGUACGGGCGUGGAGAAGCGGACCAAGGUCCUCAUCCCUGCGGUGCAUCAGCACAAGGCGGCCUACUUCACGCUGCGGCUGCUCGGCACACACGGCCACUUCGACCUCGAGGCGCUGCCCAUCUUCUUCGGCCCGCUGCAGGCCACCGUGACGGAGCUGCAGACGCAGGAGAAGCCGACGCACGUCUUGGCGGUGCUGGCGACGGACGCGCUCGCAGGGCUGCUGACGCACACCGCGUUUGGCUUCAUGGCGGAGAACGUUGUCCGUAUCGUGGCGCGGCUCACCCCGCUGAAGACGCUCGCCGUGGAGGAUGUGUCGCAGCUGUCCGUCAUGGCCCAUGCCCUCCGCCAGUCCCUUACGCAGAUGCUGCCCGCGCCCCUCUCCGUGGUGCUGACGUCCUUCGCCAGCGCCGCCUUCAAGGCAGGGCGAGGCGCCAACGCCGUCUCCACGACGAUCCCGGUGGCCACGCAGCACCAGGUGCUCGGCAUGCUCAUGCAGAACAUCGGUCAGCCCAACCUGCCUAACCCCACCGCGACGAUGGAGCUGCUCACCACGAUCCUGCAGAGCUUCCCUGCUCUGUACAAGAGCCUCCAGCAAGGCUUCUACACGCUCAUGGCGAUGGUGCCGAGCGACCGGCUGCCGGCCGUGGAGACAGGGCUGUUCAACACGGUGGACUCCGUGCGAGAGGUGACCGCGGCGGCGUACAGCCGGUUUGCGCACUUCGAAACGUGCCGCCGUGCUCUCGUGCUCGCCGAGACGCUGCGGGACGACCCGUCUACAAACAUCGCCAAGGCGAUGCGCGGCGUCCUCGACGCUGCUGCCGAGAAGUACAACUUUGCGCUGCGGCCCUCCGACUGGGAUGACUUGGUGUACUUCCUCCGUACCUACGGCGACCGCAGCGAGGCCAACGCGCUGCGCGUGACGGAGACGAUGCGGCAGCUCUUUGCCCGCCGUCCCGGCACCGACGAGGGGGAUCAGAUGCAGUGGGUGGAGGAGCUCAAGACCGUUGGCGGGGCGCCGUCCGUGAUCGCGCUGGAGGGGCUCUCCUCCACCUACCUCGGCCGUGUGCCGGCGGUGGUGAUGGACUACCUGUGCCAACUGCUGGAGAACCCGCAGACAGGUGAGACGCUGCUGCGCCAGACACUGAAGGCCGGUCGCGUCGUGCUGGAGGACGCAGACCUGACACUGUUGAAGAGCAUCUCACCAGAGCUGCAGACGCGCCUGGCGAAGCCGCCCAAGGACGUGACACAGGCGCACAAGGAGCAGUACCUCGCGACGGCCACCGUGUGGCUGACCAUAAUGAGCUGCCGCCUGCAGGAGACUGCGCUGCUGGAGGCCAUCAUCGACCAGCAAAGCCGCACCCUCAACAACUCCCAGUCCGCCAUGGUGCACCGCUGCGUGUGUGAGUCGAUGGCCGACAUCAGCCGCAACCCGCACAUCCGCGCCUCGCCCAAGCUGGACGACUUCGUGGAGAAGUGCCUGAAGCAGUGCAUCCACUCCGGCUCCUACAUCAAGAAGAAGGCGCACGCGUGGGGCCUCGUCGGUGUCAUCAAAGGGCUUGGACUCACCUCGAUGCAGCGCUACAACGUCAUGGGCAUUCUGCGCAAGUCGGCGCAGGGGAAGCAGGUGGAGCGAUCGGGUGUGAUGGUGCUGCUGGAGGUGCUGUGCAGCGAAAUGGCCACCCUUUUUGAGCCCUACGCGCUGUCCAUGGCGACGGAGCUGCUGGAGGCCGUGGCAGAUCCCGAUCCGAACGUGUCGGAGUGCGCCGAUGACGCGGCGAAGGAGCUGAUGGCGAAGCUGUCCGGCGUUGGUCUGCGUCAGCUCAUCCCGCGCCUCGUGGAGGGUCUCGCCUCCGACUCUGCGAAGAAGCGCGUGCCGCCGCUGAACUUCAUUGGCUACGUCGCCUUCUGCUCCCCGAAGCAGCUCGCCGCGGCGCUGCCGGAGAUAAUGAAGCACAUCCGCGGCUGCCUCUUCGACGUGAACAACGCCGUCUCGGUCGCCGCCUCCAACGCGCUGCGCCGCGUUGCCGGUGUCGUGUCAAACCCCGAAAUUCAGGAGCAUGUGGAGCUCAUCCUCAACGCCAUGCGCUCGCCUAGCGCGGAAACGGAGUCGGCGCUCGACGCGCUGCUCUACACGCGCUUCAUCAACAUGGUCGACCCCGCCUCCCUCGCCCUCAUCAUUCCGGUUCUCUCCCGCGGUCUCGCGGCGCAGGUGUCGCACACACGACCAAAGGCGGCGCAGAUCGUGGCGGCCAUGGUGAACCUUGUCAACGACCCACGCGCGCUGCUGCCCUACACCGACGAGCUCGUGCGUCUGCUCGAGGACGCCUCGCAGGACCCAUCGACGGAGGCGCGCACGACGGCGGCCAAGGCGGCUGCCGCCCUCGCCUCCGCCAUUGGGGGCAACCUGAUCGAUGAGAUCUGCCAGUGGGCCUUUGGCGUGCUGCAGCGCGUGCAGUCCGGCACCAUUGAGAAGGCGGGUGCGGCGCAGGUCUUUGUCGAGGUGGUGAACGCGUGCGGUGCGAAUCUGCUGCAGUUGUACUUCCCCAUCAUCGAGAGUGGCAUGACCGACGAGCGCCCGCCGGUGCGAGAGGGGUUUCUCUACAUCAUGGUGUAUGCCCCGUCCACCUUGUCCACCGAGUCCUUCCAGGACUUCCUUCCGAUCGGUCUCCCAUGGGUGCUGGAGGGCCUGUCACACUUCUCCGACAAGGUCCGUGACGUGUCGCUCGCCGCCGGCGACAGCAUUGUCUCCCUCUACGGCACCCGCAACCUCGAGCUCGUCCUCGGCCCCCUGCUGGACGGCGUGACAAGCGAGGUGACCACACUGCGGCAGAGCUCGCUGCAGCUGUCGGCAAAGCUCAUGCUGCACCUUGUCGCACACAUCAAGAAGAAGAUGCGCAUCCAGAUGGCCAUGGCAGACGCCGAUGCCGAGACACGCGCGGAGCUGGCCAACAUGGUCGAGGGCGAGGGCGAGGAAGGCGGUGCGAGUCCCUCUGGCAACUCGGCCGCCGAUGACGGCGACGAUGGCGCGGUGCUGACGAUGGAAGCGGCCCGCGAUGUCGAGAAGCGCGGCGUGUCCAUUCUGGGCUCCUUGGAGGAGAUGCUCGGCACCGACAACCUCGUCCGCAUGCUCGCCGCCCUCUUUUGCGGCCGCCACGAGCACAACGCGACCGUGCGCACCGAUGCGAACAUGGCGUGGCAGGCGUGCGUGGCAAGCAUCCGCGCGGCCGUCAACAAAAUCUUCGACGGCCUCGCCGUGCUGCUCGUGCGCUUCGCCUCGUCCGACAACCCGGACUGCGUUGAGAUCGCCGAGAAGACGAUCGAGUUCACGACGCGCAUGAACGAGACGAUUGAGCGCUUUGUGGACUCCUUCUGCAACAUGUACAAGAGUGAGAACCGCCGCCUCAAGCUCGGCUCCCUCGUGUGCCUCGGCACUGUUGUCCAGUUCGCUGAUCCCCGUCGGCUGGUCAGCAUGGGCGGUCAAAUCGUGGGCUGCGUGCUGCCGGGCAUGCAGGAGCAUGAUGCGGUACAGGACGCCGCGCGUGAGGUCUUCGCGCGGGUGUCGAAGCUGGUGGGGCCGCGACUGAUCGAGAGUGCCGUGGAGGCGCAGCUCACGACUAGCGUGCGGGGUGUGGUGGAGGUGGUGAAGGUGAAGCCCGGCAUGGCGCUCGCCCUCGUCUUCAAGCACUUGAACGCGCUCAUGACGCACACGAACCAAAACGUCGAGCUGCUCGACGCGGUUCUCGACGUGGAGGAGGCGGAAGACGAGCUGCGGCGCUACAGCGAGGACAUGGUGCGUCUACUGCUGCAGUUCUGCGUGGAGGACUUGGAUGACGCGCAGGAGCUGGUGACGAAGUACGUCGAGAUGACGCCGCGCGAGUUUGAGGCGAUGCCGAUUGAGGCCUUCAAUAAGGCCAUGAACGUCCCGUCGCGCCGCCACGGUGCGCUCAUGAUGGCGACGGCGUAUGGACUCGGCACGGACCUCGACAACGUGGAGGGCAUCGCGGCGGUGUUCCGCGCCUUCAUCGAUGCCCUCGGCGACCACAGCGACCAGACCCGCGGGCUGGCCGUGCAGUCCAUCUCCGACCUCCUCAACUCCCUGGAGGAGCGCGUGCUGGAGACCCUGGACGAGGAGGAGCGCCAGGAUGUGAUGACGAGCAAGCGUGCGGCGGGUCGCUACCUGCUGCAGUACCUUCACGUCUUCCAGACCACCUUGGCGGUCACUGCCCGUGCCUUCAGCGGCAGCAGCAGCAGUCCCGAGUUCGCGGUGCUCGGCGAGGGGGAACCGCGUCUCUUUGACGUCCUCAUGACCUUUUACAACCGCGGCCUCGACUACGGUGCGCCGCAGCAGAAGGUGGAGGCGGUGGAGUGCAUCCAGGAUCUCAUGCAAUUCGCACCUCGCACGAUCAGCGCGGCAGCGGCGAACACGGUGGCCGGCCGCUGCUCCAAGGUGUUGUUCACGCGCAACGAGGGGGCGGUGGUGCUCGUGCUGGUGCGGCUGUGCCUGCAGCUGAUGAACUACCCAGCGAGUGGGAAGGAAAAGAUGGUGGAGGGCACGAUGGCGCUGGCCAUGUUCAACGCAGCCCUCUGCGACUCCGGCGAAGCUCGCGUGCUGGCACUGCGGGUGGUGAUGCAGCUGCUCACGCGCUCCGAGAAGUACGCCGACUUAAUUCUUGGUACGGUGGUCACGAAGAAGACGGCGGUAGACUCGACGCUGCUGCGGACGGUGAUGUGCCGCUUCAUCAGCGUCGUGCUGCGCUACGCCCACUUCACAAAGAAGUUCCCGCACAUUACGAAGCUGAUGGACAUGGUGCGGCCCAUGUGGGAGGCCCCAGAGUCGCCUGCGCUGGCGGCGGCGGCGGGUGUGGCCGUCGGUGCCCUCUGCAUGUCCGAGAGCAUCCCGGAUGAGGUGGUAGGCGAUAUCAAGGAGCGGGCGCUGUCCAACACCAUGACGAAGGGCACUCACGUCAUCGCCGGCUACGCGCUCGUCUACUCCCUCAUCACCUGUGCGGGCCAGCGGACGGAUCAGGCCUUCCUCUCGGCCACCGCCGAGCACCUCCGCGCGGCCGCCGGCUUCGGCGCAGCUGACAAGCUGACGUCGAUGUGGAUGAUGCGUGCGGCGGCGGCGGUGGCCAGCACCGGCUGUGUGCCGCAGGCCACCUUCAAGGUCGAGGCCUACGUCCCGCUGCUGCGGCGCGUCAACACGGCCGACGACCAGCUCAUGAGCAGCGCCCAGUACUUCCAGGACUGCCUCGUGAAAGCCUACCCGUCUGCGGCAAGCUUGGUGGAGGGCAUGCCGGGCGAGCCCAGCUCGCAGUGGAACACGACAGGCGUCUUUGAUGCGGACCUUGACGAUGAGAUGGAGGCGGAUGUGACGCUCUAA